AUGCGAAGGAGGGAAAAGAGUCCAUCCGGGGUCUUAGCCUUGUUAGCCACAUAGCAAACAUGGCGGAGACAUCACUCGACAGCUCAAGUCCUCCAGGGGGAGGUGGAGCUGGCUCUGAUGACCAUGAUUUUGAUCCGUCUGCUGAGAUGCUCAUUCAUGAUUUCGAUGAUGAGCGAACUCUGGAGGAAGAAGAGAUACUGGAGGGGGAAUCCAACUUUAAUGCUGAGAUCGAUGACCUUGCCAGAGAAGGUGAGAUGCCCAUUGAAGAGCUGUUGAGCAUGUACGGCUAUGGCCGAACUGGAGAGGAGGAGGAGGACGGCGAGAUUGAGGACGACGAGUCAGUGGAGGAAGGGGAGAAUGAUGAGGGCAGCAGAGGCAUAGACGAGAGGAAAAGAUCUGUGGACGAGCAAGUAAAGGACUCCUCUGGCCAGGAGGAGGAUGCCCAGUCAUCUGGUGAUGAGAGGCCUUUACGGGGACGCAACACUGUAGAACUUAUCCGACCCAGACCCAGCAACUACUUUGAAGGUAAUGAUGGUGAAGAAGAGUCAGAGGAAGACGAGGACUACAUUCCCACAGAGGACUGGAAGAAGGAAAUCAUGGUUGGGUCCAUGUACCAGGCUGAAACGCCAUCAGGACUCUGCAAGUAUAAAGACAAUGAGAAAGUGUAUGAGAAUGAAGAUCAGCUGCUGUGGAACCCAGAGGAGCUUCCUGAGAAUCGGGUGGUGGAGUUUCUGACCGAGGCGUCCAAACGCACCGGAGAGGAGACGGGAGUGGACGCCAUCCCGGAGGGUUGCCAUAUCAAAGACAACGAGCAAGCUCUUUACGAGUUAGUGAAGUGUGACUUCAACACAGAAGAAGCUUUAAGAAGACUCAAAUUCAACGUAAAAGCAGCUCGAGAAGAGAUUUCAGUUUGGACAGAGGAUGAGUGUCGAGGUUUUGAGCAGGGACUUAAAGCAUAUGGGAAAGACUUCAAUUUAAUACAGGCCAACAAGGUGAGAACUAGAUCAGUAGGAGAAUGUGUGGCCUUUUAUUACAUGUGGAAGAAAUCUGAGCGUUAUGAUUUCUUUGCACAGCAAACCCGGCUUGGGAAAAGGAAAUACACCCUUCACCCAGGCAUCACAGAUUACAUGGACCGUCUGCUGGAUGAGACGGAGAGUGCUGCCUCCAGCCAUGCAGCCUCUCCUCCUCCUACCACAUCCAACAGCAGCACCAGCCAGUCUGAGAAAGACGACGCCAGCACUCACAAUGGAUUAGGUAGCUACUCCAUAGGAGAACCUCUGUCCACUCCAAGCGAUGGGGUCCAGCCCAACGGCCUGAGCGUGUGCCACGAGCCCCAGGGCACGGCAGACCAAGACCACCCGAACCAGUCCCACUUGGACAGCCGCCGCACCUCCCCGGCGACGGGCCAUGCCAGCACCCGACCGGAGGAACGGGAAGAGCAGGAGGAGGAGGAGGAGGAGGAGGAGGAGGAGAAAGAGUCAGAAAGGCCGCUGAAGAGGUGCAGGACUGACUCGGGCCCUGGGGCUCAGGAGGAUGGGGCUCCCAGCGAGACUGCUGCCCAACAGCAGAGGACUGACUGAAGCAGCUGGCUAAAGGCUGACCGGCUGGGCCAUCCCAAAGUACCAUAUCCAUCCCUCAACCAGCAGCACAACUCUGUGGCAGUUCAAUUGCGUUGUGAUGUUUUUCCCAUUUGUAUAGAGGAGAAAACGAGCAAAUUGUCCUUAUUUUUGUAUUUGAUAGUUAUUUAUAUUUUUAUGUGACAGUUUUGACAAUUUACUUGACUUCGUGUGUGUAAGUGUGUGUGUGUGUGAGAGAGUGUGUGUGUGUGUCUCAGUCUGUCUGUCUGUCUGUCUGUAUGUGUGUGUGCACAUGCUUGCAUGCGUGCAAGUUUGUGUCUGUUCAUGGUAUGGGUGCAUGUGACACAUGACGUGAGUUUGACCAGAGGUAUGUGAAAUCCUUUCCUGUGGGAGUGCUGGAGUUGGACAUGGCACUAAAUAUUGCACUUUGUCUCGGUAUUUUUUGUCCUUGUGAGGUACAUGUUGCACUGUAGUGCACAGUGCCUCGGUUCAGCAAGACCUAUUUGUAAUGUUUGGAAAGAAAUAAACCAAAGGGCCGUUUCCUGUGGUUUGUUAGUUUGUGGCUUCGGCAUCAGUGAUGUCCAGUCUAUCAUCAAUUGUGAGGCUUUUAUUUCAAAGCCCAAAGGACAUUUUCAAGUCCUCUCAUAACUCUUCUUUUGCAUUUUAGUGGAGCUACUUUUUGUGUUCUAUUUGUACAGUACGAGUCUUUUUGUAGUGCUUUUAUAAAAAAGAGAAAACCAGAAGGAUGUAUGUUAAAUUAUAGUCUUGAUACUGGCACUCUGUUCUCUUGCAUUUUCAAGUGUAACGUUGAAUAAAGUUCCUCUGCAUUCCA